UCCCAAACAAGGAAAUGGUGGGGUAAUAAAACGAUCGGAUCAUUUAAUUAAUGCAUGUAAUAAUUAAUAUUUUAUUUGAUCGUAAAUUAAGAAAUAUUUAUGGGUUAAAAUGGACUACGACUUCAAAACGAAGCUCGCCGCCGAGAGGGAGAGAGUGGAAGAUCUGUUUGAAUAUGAAGGUUGUAAAGUGGGACGCGGCACGUACGGGCAUGUUUAUAAAGCGAAGCGUAAAGACGGGAAUGACGAGAAGGAGUAUGCACUGAAACAAAUAGAAGGCACUGGGAUAUCCAUGUCUGCCUGCAGGGAAAUUGCUUUGCUGCGAGAGCUGAAGCAUCCAAAUGUUAUUGCCCUGCAGAAAGUAUUUCUGUCCCACAGUGACCGUAAAGUCUGGCUGCUGUUUGACUAUGCUGAGCAUGAUCUGUGGCACAUUAUAAAAUUUCAUCGAGCAUCAAAAGCCAAUAAGAAGCCCAUGCAGCUGCCCAGGGGGAUGGUGAAGUCACUGCUGUACCAGAUUUUAGACGGCAUCCAUUACCUGCAUGCUAACUGGGUCCUGCACCGAGACCUGAAACCUGCCAAUAUCCUGGUUAUGGGGGAGGGCCCGGAGCGGGGAAGGGUCAAAAUCGCUGACAUGGGUUUCGCUCGACUUUUUAACUCUCCAUUGAAGCCAUUGGCAGAUCUGGAUCCAGUAGUUGUCACAUUCUGGUACAGAGCACCCGAACUGCUGCUUGGAGCGAGACACUACACCAAAGCAAUCGAUAUCUGGGCAAUAGGCUGUAUCUUUGCAGAGCUGUUGACGUCAGAACCGAUCUUCCAUUGUCGACAGGAAGACAUAAAGACCAGCAAUCCUUUUCAUCACGACCAGUUAGAUCGCAUAUUCAGCGUCAUGGGCUUCCCAGCAGAUAAAGACUGGGAGGACAUCAGGAAAAUGCCAGAAUAUCCCACUCUACAGAAAGAUUUCAGGAGAACCACAUAUACCAACAGCAGUCUCAUCAAAUACAUGGAGAAACAUAAAGUUAAACCAGACAGCAAAGUAUUUCUACUGCUCCAGAAAUUGCUCACUAUGGAUCCCACCAAAAGAAUCACUUCUGAGCAGGCACUGCAGGACCCCUAUUUCCUGGAGGACCCCUUGCCCACAUCUGAUGUAUUUGCAGGAUGUCAGAUUCCUUACCCCAAACGAGAGUUCCUCACUGAAGAUGAACCAGAGGAGAAGACAGAGAAGAAUCAGGCGCAGCAGCACCAGCAGACGGCUGUGCAGACACAAACGCAGACACAGCAGGCUCCAUCCCAGCAGAGCUCAGCUCAGACAAACGGCACGUCAGGCACUGCAGGGGCCAACACGGGCCCCUCCAUACAGCACGGACAAGACCAGGGGCCCCCUAACAAAAAAGCACGCACCUCAGGAACUAGCGUUCUUCAAACAGACUACCAGCACUCCAGCUCUCGACUGGGUUACCAGAGCAACGUCCAAGGCUCAACCCAGUCGCAAAGCACUAUGGGAUACUCAUCUUCAUCUCAGCACUCGCACCAGUCCCACCGAUACUGAGACGCAAAUACACGCAAAAUACUGUAGUGACCACAAGCAUACGACCAGGCAAGUCAACAUUGUCAUUCAAAUGAAAAUGCUUACCAGUGGACGAUAGACUAAAGUCUAUUAAAGGGUAUGUCCUGUAAUAGCCCAGCCCCGCUUCCUAUAAAUAUCAGCAAAUGUCACGUCCAACCAAAGCACAACUAUACAAACCCUUCCUUUCGAUCACCACUCCACUGAAGUAUUGAAGCCAUAAACGUCAGCUGAACGUUUGACAUCAACACUAACGUUAUCUCUACAGGACCUCAAUACAUUUAAACAUCCACCAGCUUCAACACCAACCAGACCACAUGACCAGCUAAAAGGUUAGCGUCUUCAAUACCUACAGUCAUCAAGACCAGUUUUACCACCCUUAGACCAAAUAUUAGCCAAAUCUAUGUCAACAUGAUCAGCCAACAAAAUGCUGUUUGGGUGAAUCUAACAAGACCUGUCAAGAACAUGUUUUAUAUUUCACCCCAAAAUCAACAGAAAUAAAUAAGAACUUAUAUUAUGCUUAAAAGUGUUGUAAGCGGUGUUGGUCAUUCCAAAACUUCUACACAGAUGAGAAUUAGCAUUUUCUAGCUAAGGGUUUUCCUAAUGGCAGUUUUAAAUGUAUGAGUAAAAUAAAGUCUGUGGUAGACAGUACUUGAAAAUAUGUGGACAUUUUGUUCUACAACAUAAAUUAUACACAGUCAUACCGCCAGAGUGAAUUUUGAAGCUGCAUUGAAGCAACAUACUUUUUUAAAUCGCACAUGGAGGCUACAAAAAUUCACAUUUGUGGUAUGAAAGUGUUUCAUUUAUGUUUAAAAAGUGUGGCCCACUGUCACUUUUUUUUAUUCAAUUGCUGUCACUUAGACAGGUGGGAUAUUUCAGGACACAUAAUUCAGUAAUAUCUGUCAAGAAAUAGCGACAUUUUCUGUGUGCCAUUCCAUAAAAAAAAAGCUUACAGCGCAUUUAAAUAAAAUGAAAGCCUAUUUAGGAACAUAAAGAGUUUUGCAUUGUGACAUUAUUUUCAUGAUAUUAAAACAAAUUCCCCUUUAUAUUACCUAAAUAUUACCUUAAUGCUUGAUCCAAAAAAGAAAAACUCUCACUUUCAUAACUAUAUAUAUAUAUAUAUAUAUAUAUACAUUGGGAAGAAAAAGUAUGUGAACCCUUUGGAAUUAGUUGUUUUUCUGCAUUAAUUGGUCAUUGAAUGUGAUCUCAUCUUCAUCACAGUUAGACAAAACAUAGACAAAAAACAAUGUGUUUAAGCUAACAACACACAAACAAGUAUAGUCUUUCAUGUCUUUAUUGAACACAUGCCAUUAAACAUUAACAGUGCUGUGGAAAAAGCAUGUGAACCCCUAGGCUAAUGAGGUCAUCAAAAGCUAAUUAGAUUCAGGAGUCGGCAAACCUGGCAUCCAAUUAAUGAAACGAGAUUGUAGGUGUGGGUUAGAGCUACUUUGAAUCAUAAAAGGCACUCAAACAGCACUCAAAGAAGCAUCUGCUGACGUGGACAAUGCCUUGCAAAAAAGAGAUAUCAGAAGACCUAUGAUCAAGAAUUGUUGCUUUGCAUAAAGCUGGAAAGGGUAACAAAGCUAUCUUAAAGAGCUUUGAUAUUCAUCUGUCCACAGUUAGAUAAACAAUAAUAAAAUGAUUUAGUACUGUGGCUACUCUGCCUAGACGUGGUGUCCAGCCAAGAUGAAUCAAAGGGCACACCACAGAAUACUCAAUGAGGUAAAAAGAAUGCUAGAGUGAGAGCUAAAGACUUGAAGAAAUCAUUAGAACUGGUUAACACCUCUGUUCAUGAGUCUACUAUACGGAAAACAUUAAACAGGCACGAACAUCAUAAAGGAAGACACUGCGUUCCAACUAAAACUUUUCUGUGUGCCUGAAAUUUGCCAAAGACCUCCUUGACACUCCACAACGCUACCGGGAAAAUGUUUUGUGGACUGAUGAAUGAAUUGUUUGGGAAGAACAUGCAGCACUACGUAUGGCGUAAAAAGGGCACUGGAUAUCACCCAACUUUGUGGUCCAAAAUUCCAUCUGAACGUUGCGCAUUUUAUGAGCAUUUAAUGCAGAAAACCAGCAUAUUCCAAGGGGUUCACAUACUUUUUCUUCCCAUUGUGUGUGUGUGUGUGUGUGUGUGUGUGUGUGUGUGUGUGUGUGUAUGUAUAUAUAUAUAUAUAUAUAUAUAUAUAUAUAUAUAUAUAUAUAUAUACAU